GUAAACUUUGUAUGCGACUUAAAAAAUUUUCUUGAACACUUCAUUUCGAAGAAAGAGUGGAAGUGGCGGAUAAUAAACAACGUUUCACGUAUUUAUGCAUUUACAAUUUAUCUUCUCUUUGGAAAGAAAAAUGAAGUUUUUAAUUUUACUGGCGUUGACUCUAACUCUGACCAUGGCCAAUGAAGUUGCUUUGCAGGAAUUCACCACUGGCAACAACUUGUUUACGGCAGCUAUCUACAGAGAAGUGACCAAAGAAAAUUUCGGAAAUUUCCUCAUCAGUCCAUUUUCAAUUCAGACAGUCUUUGCCUUGACACAAUCAGGCGCCAAAGACCCCACUGCUGCUGAAAUACGCAACAAGCUGAACCUACCAGACAGUCCCGAAAAAACGGACGAGAUCUAUUCAGCGAUACUUCCCACAUUGAAAGGAAACGAACAAUACGCCCUUCACACAGCCAACAAAAUCUACGUGAAGAACGAUUACCCCGUAAAAGAAGAAUUCAAAAAUGUUGCCUCCAACGUGUAUCAGGCAGGAAUAGAAAACAUCGACUUCACCCAAAAAACCGAAGCUGCCACGGCUAUUAACGGCUGGGUGGAGAAGCAAACCAAUAACAAAAUCCACGAUUUGAUCGACCCUAACACCCUUGACGCUGACACGAGAAUAAUUCUAAUCAACGCCCUGUACUUCAAAGGAAAGUGGGUUAACCCUUUCGAGUCGUACGCCACCAGAAAACGCGACUUCUACAAAACGCCCAAAGAUAUUGUCAAAGUCGAUACAAUGCAAAACACCGACUUGUACAACUACUACGAGAGCCCCGAACUGAAAGCCAAGUUUUUGGAAAUGCCUUACUUAGGCGAUGAUAUUUCUAUGGUCAUAGUUCUUCCAAACGAAAAAGACGGGCUUGAGUUUGUGGAGUCUCAAGUGGACAAAGUUUUCACCACACACAACUUCACCCAGGAACGCGUCAGUGUGUCUUUGCCCAAAUUUAGUAUCGAAAAUAAAGUCCAGUUGAAGAAAAUAUUACAAAACUUGGGGGUUAACACCGCUUUCACGGACGAAGCCGAUUUGAGCGGUAUUGCGGGCAAAAAAGGCGAGCUUGCGAUCAGUGACGUUGUCCAGAAGGCGUUUAUUAACGUUACGGAAACGGGAACGGAAGCGGCAGCAGCCACUGCAGUUAUUAGCACUGAAUCUCUCCCAGCGCCCCCAAAGUAUACAAUUGAAGUUGACAGGCCAUUCAUUUUUUACUUGAAACUUAAAUCUGUAAUAUUCUUUGCUGGUCGAGUUAAUUUUAAGUAGACAAUUGUCCUGUUUCGCGCCCUGUACGACACUGUGCUUUUACACUUGAAUUAUUUUAGCCUCAGUUGUGGUUACUUUAAGUCUGCCACCCCAGCAUGGAAAUGUAAAGCAGUUUAAAGCAAACCACCCAUUCGUUUUCUACUUGAAGUUGAACGAGUUUGUGUUAUUGGCUGGAAAGUAUAACACGCCUUGAACGCAUUAUAUACUAUUUGCUGUAUAAUUUUUUAUGUAUGACUUCUGAAUAAAAUUUCUAGCUUUG